AGCAACAGCUAGAGAUGGUCAUUUUACUCAGGCAAAUGACUAGUGCUACUAUCCGCGCAUUGAAGGAAGAACCGCAGGACCCAAUCAGUCUCUUUCCGGCCUACCCGCCAUCUUGCGUGCAACCGGGUAAUCAGGCAUCAUGACGAACACAAGAGGCAAGAGGAGGGGGACCAGGUAUAUGUUUGCCAGGCCCUUCCGCAAGCAUGGUCCAAUCCCACUGUCCACCUACAUGCGUAUCUACAAGAAGGGUGACAUCGUUGAUAUCAAGGGCACAGGUACCGUUCAGAAGGGAAUGCCUCAUAAAUGCUAUCAUGGCAAAACUGGACGUGUUUACAACGUUACACAGCAUGCUGUAGGCAUCAUUGUCAACAAGCAAGUCAAGGGAAGGAUCCUGGCUAAGAAAAUUAAUGUGCGUAUUGAGCAUAUUAGACACUCUAAGAGCAGAGACAGCUUCCUGCAGCGUGUGAAGGAGAACGAGAAGAAAAAGGUGGAGGCCAAGCAACAGGGCACCUGGAUUGAGCUCAAGCGUCAGCCUGCUGCUCCACGGUCAGCUCACUUCGUCAGCACCAAGAACAACGAGCCUCAGCUCCUGGAGCCCAUCCCCUAUGAGUUCAUGGCUUAAUUAUGCUGACCAAAUUAAAGUCCUUUGUACCAAAA